AUGUUGUCAACAGUUACUGCUACUACUACUCAAGAUGGUCAAUCUAAAAAAUAUACACAACAGCAACAACCAGUUCCUCAUAGAAGAGGACAUGCUCACAAGAGGUCAGCUGCUAUAAGUGGUGAUUUUGAUGCUAUUGGUAUGGAUUUCUUUAGAGCUCCUCCAAAUGCUAAUCAAAAAAUUGUUCAAUCUUCCACUUCUCUACCCAAGGAUUCCUUUUUAAACCAAAAACAAUAUCAUCUACCAGCAAUAAAUGCCCCUUCUUUUGUUAUAACUGAUGUUACUGAAUUUUCUCCACCAAGAUCUCCACCACCAAAACAACAACAACAAAAUCACAAGUCAAAACAAGCUGAGAAUCACUCUCGUGAAUUGACUGCUUCAACUCCAUCUCCCCAAAAGAAACAUACAAGAUUGAAUUCAUGGGCUCAUUCAUUUAUGAAGCCAAAGAAGAAUGAAUUGAAAUCAUCAACAACAUCAUCUAAAGUGGAAUACAAUUCAUCAUCAUCAAAUGAAGCCACACCUGAUAAAACAACUCAGUUUACAUACAACAAUAAUAAUGGGAAAAACAAUAACAACAAUAAUAAUAAUCCAUAUCAUGUUCCUGAAGCAUUGAUUGAUUUAGAUUUAGCAUCUGGUAUUCUUCAUGACCCGAAUUCUAAAAUUCCAAGAAAGAAAAUGAUGCAUAGAAGAACUGAAUCUGCUCCUGAAUUAGAAGAUUUUUUGAAGUAUAAAGUUUUUUCAAAUAACAAUAAUAAUAACAAUAAUAGUAAUGGUGCUCAAAAAAAUCCUGCAAUUUUUGAAGAAGAUGAAGAAGAUGAUAUGAUUGAUGAAGAUGCUAUAAGUUCUGCCUCAUCAACAAAUAACAACAUUCCAUCAACUAAUAAUAAAAAUGAUUCAACAAAUUCAUUAAGUUCUUAUCCAAGUUUUAAAUUACAAUCACCUGCAACUGUUAAUAAUUCUGUUGCAUCAACACCAACAUCAAUUAAAACAAAUGCUACCCAACAACAACAACAUCAAUCAACUCGUCGUGGUGGUGCUACUGCUGCAAGAUAUCAAUCUUAUUAUAAUAAUUCAUUAUUAUUAUCAAAUGCAUUAAAAUCAUCAGAAAGUUUAUCACAAAUUACAAAUUCAUCAAAUCAUUCAAAUAAUUUACAAAAUAAAACUUCAAUCUCAAGUUUUAAUUCCAAAUUUAUCAUGUCAUCAAAUUCUUCAACAAAUUCUUCAAUGUUGAAUUCUCCUUCAAGAUUUAAAUUUGAAUCAAAAGUUUAUGAUCCACCUUCUCAACAAGAACAAUGUUUUGCCACUUCAAAUUCACCACCUUCAUCGUCAUCUUCUUCUACAGCAUCAUUUUCAAAGCAACAACAACCAACAAUAACAUCUCCAACUAAAUCAUCUAAAAAAUUAUAUAUCCACAAAAAAUCAAAUUCAUUAUUAUCUUCAAUAAAUUUGAAAAAAUAUCAUAAAAAAAACUCAUCAUCAUCUUCAAAUAUCAUCAAAAAUCUUGAAUCUGAUAAUGAAAAUCAAAGUGAUGUUGAUGAAGAUAUUGGAGAUUCCACAAUUACCCCUUUUAAUUUUGGUGAACCAGGUCCUGAAUUAGAUUUGACUACAAUGACACCAAAAUUAGUUUCUUCAAGCAAUUCAUUCAAUUAUUUACAAUCACCAUAUAAAAACAAUACCAAUAAUGAUACCCAUUUUAAUGAUAAUGAAUUUGAAGUCAAUCAUACAAGUUAUAAGAAGAACACUAUAAAGAGUCCAAAGAAGGAACAGAAUGCAUCAUCAGAUAAUAAUAGUCAUCAUCAUCAUCAUGGUCAUAAGAAAUUCUUCAAUUGGUUGAAAAAGUGA